AUGCUCAAAAAGGUGAAUCCAACUCAUAAGAUCUUGGUGAAGUACUUGAAAAAUGUAAACCCUAAUGUGCAAACUGGGGUCUUACUUGAAGUCGAAGCUGGUUCCUCAAAGCCAUCUAAGAAAACGAAGUCAGAUGGUGAUGAAUUGAAAGUCACAAAGAAUAAGUCGUCACCUAAGCAAGUAAAGGGGGAUGAUUCAAAGAAGCCAGAGGAGAAAGAAGCACGGCCUUCGAAAGAAGUGGUUCCUACAAAGUCAGGAGUUCUUAAGCGACUUCGUAACAUUUCAUCAAAACGAACUUCGUCUGAAGACUCUCAGACCGUUCGAAAAACUCAAGUUAGCAGCAAAGGGGUUGUCAUCCGGGAAAUACCUGCUCCUGCUUCUCCAUCAUCCAAAAAGAGAAGAGCUCAUGAUGUUGCGAAGCACAUCACUGAGAAGAGGUAUAAACGAAGACUAGUGGUCCGAGACGACUCUUCAGAUAAUGAAGCAGUCCCCGAAACUCCGUUACUUUCAAUUGCUCCUAUGCCUCUUCACGCCGAUUUCAGGUGUGUACUUCAAUUUCACAAACCCUCUUCAUGGAAACCACCACAAACCUGGAAGAUCCACCUUCUUCAUAUGAACGAAGCAGCGAAGAGAGAACAAAAUGUUUUGUGCAGGUCGGGUGGCAUAGUGAUGGAAAGGAUAGUUAUGGAAAGGUUCGAGAAGUUGGAAGCUGACUGGAGAACAAUAGCGGUGGUGGCGGUGGAAUAUGAUAGGGAAUUUGUGACGUAA